AGAUACCAGUCUUAGCAGGGUUCUACAUUCCCAUCAUCCCAGAAGGUGAAUAUGCAGACCUGGGCUGCCUCCCCAGGACACGGAGCAGCCUCUGGGGCAGAGCCAGGAGUGGUGGAAGCUGACAACCUCCCCCUAUCCAGUAGCUGACCUCUUCACAUCACACCACACUUCAGGCACAGCCUUCAUGCAAGGAGCCAACUUCACAACAGUGACUGAAUUCAUCCUCACCGGCUUCUCCACCUUCCCCCGCCUUCAGCUGAUGUUCUUCCUGCUCUUCCUGCUGAUGUACCUGUUCACGCUGCUGGGGAACCUGCUCAUCAUGGCCACUGUCUGGAGGGAGCACAGCCUCCACAUUCCCAUGUACCUCUUCCUGUGUGCCCUCUCAAUCUCAGAGAUCCUAUACACCUUCGCCAUCAUCCCGCGCAUGCUGGCCGACCUGCUCUCCACCCACCGCUCCAUCCUUUUCAAAGCCUGUGCCAGCCAGAUGUUCUUCUCCUUCACGUUUGGCUUCACCCACUCCUUCCUGCUCACAGUCAUGGGGUAUGACCGCUACGUGGCCAUCUGCCACCCCCUGCGCUACAACAUGCUCAUGAACCUCCGAGGCUGCGCCUGCCUGGUGGCCUGGUCCUGGGCUGGAGGCUCAGUCAUGGGGUUGGUGGUGACAUCUGCCAUUUUCCAACUCACCUUCUGUGGGUCUAAUGUGAUCCACCAUUUCUUCUGCCAUGUGCCGCCUCUAAUGAAGUUGGCCUGUGGGAACAUCUCCACUGUGGCCAUGGGUGUGGGCCUGGUGUGUAUCACUGCCCUGCUGGGCUGCUGUCUCCUCAUCCUCUUGUCUUAUGCCUUCAUCGUGGCCACCAUCUUGAGGAUCCCUUCAGCUGAAGGCCGGCACAAAGCCUUCUCCACGUGCGCAUCCCACCUCACCGUGGUGGUUGUGCACUAUGGCUUUGCAUCUGUCAUCUACCUCAAGCCCAAGGGGCCCCAAUCUCUGGAAGGAGACACGCUGAUGGGCAUCACCUACACGGUCCUCACUCCCUUCCUGAGCCCCAUCAUCUUCAGCCUCAGGAACAAGGAGCUGAAGGAAGCCAUGAAGAAGACCUUCCUCAGCAAGCUCUUUCUCCAUAGCUCCUGAAGUGGCAGGUUUUGUAACAGGAGUUGUGGCAGGUAGAAGCACU